AUGUUGCUUCACAUGUUGAAGGAUGAGAGAUUGGUUCCGCAUCAGUUGACUCAGUAUUCGACGUUGGAAGAAUUGAGUAUUGGGAAAAUCCAGUUUAAGGUCUUCGGUUUGGGGGGGCAUCAGAUUGCUCGCGGAGUCUGGAAGGUUUAUUAUGCCAAAGUGGAUGUUGUCAUGUACCUGGUGGAUGCCUAUAAUAAGGAGAGGUUUGCAGAAUCCAAGAAAGAAUUGGAUGCACUACUCUCUGAUGAAGUCCUGGUCGAUGUCCCAUUCCUUAUGUCUACGAGCUCAAGUCAGAAUUCUCAUUUAGUUUCAAAGGCUACUUGUUUGUGGGAGUCGUUGCUAGCUCGUAAUAGUCAAUAUGAAGUUCUUACAUCAAGCCCUAUUGAGGACUUGAUAGCUCACAUGGAGCAUAGGUAUCGCAUUUCUGGGUCAUCUUUACUUGCAGCUAUGGAUCAAAGUUCUCAGAUUCCUCAUACGGAUGUAUUAACUGUCCAAUCGAGUGAUCUAGCUUCAAGCCAUUUGGAUGGCAGAGAAUAG